AAAUUAAGUAGGGUGACGUCAUCCCGAAAACUUGUGGUAUCACUUUGAAUUUGUGGCAUUGUUAACACGCCGCAAUAUGAACAACCAGCAGAAAUUACGGCGGGACACAGCUCCUGGUUCGGCCAUGAUGGCUAUGGUCGUAAAAAUGGCUCAACAGGCAGAGCUUCCACGAGAGUCUCCAACAUUCACAAGAUUACCAAAUUUUCGUCACACCGGUCCACCGGGACCGCCAUCUCCAAAUGCUUACAAUACGCAAAGCCUCAAUUUACCGUCUUCAAGUGGAACGCAACGUAGAUCAUCAUUUGGAUUAGGAAGUUUGUUUUCGACUCCGUUAGCAAGAAGAAAAAAUAAUUCAUCACCACUGAGUGUAGAUUCUGUUCACCCUAGUCCGCUGAGUUCGAAGCGAUUUCCAAUCGACGCGGAAGACACUCCUUAUCUGAGCGAUGAGAUACGACAUCGCAUUAAAGAACUGAGUGCUCGAACAAAACUCAAACAAAAAGGAGAUCCAACCAGGAAUACCAACAAUUGUGCAUCAAAUAAGAACCAAGCAAGUACAAAUAACGAUCCAAGAACUAACGCAAUUCCCGGAGGUACAUCAGCAAACUCCAGUAGACAAAGUUCUAAUCGAGACUACUCUACGAACGGCGUUUUGACAAGAACCCUAACAAAAAUGACGUCUAACGACAGCAACGCCAAUCGUCGCAUGAACACGCCACGAAUCAUAGGACAAACAAACAGAAGAUUGCCAGGAGUUGGGAAUAACUCGUACAGUAAUGACGAAAACCCUAUUUUCGGUGUAUCAAGUGUCACAAUACCCCAUAUAGAGGAAGAAGGUUACUUGAACAAUUACGAGUUGAAUUUUCUUCGUUAUGCGGCAGAGGGUGAUCUCAAAGAAGUGAAACAAAUUUUUGAAGAACAGACUUAUUAUUUAUUUCAUCUAGAUGUAAAUUGCGUCGAUUCUUUGGACAGAACUGCACUCAGUCUUGCUUUAUUAAACAGACAUAUUGAUGUCGUCAGGUUUCUGUUGAGUGAUGAAGUAGUGGGGAUCGAACUACGAGAUGCAUUGUUUUAUGCAAUUGAGUGUGAGUUUUACGAAGCUAUAGAAAUGUUGCUUGAAAAAGAUUCUCAAACUUCCGUACAAAUUGUUCCGGGUACAACGUCACCGUUUGAACCCGGCUUGACCCCGAUCAUGCUUUCGGCAAACAAAAACAACUACAAAAUUUUGACAAUGUUAUACAAAUUUAAUCAUCGACUAACCGUUAACGACAAAGAAAUUUUGGACGAUUCGUUCGAUACUUAUUCAUGGGAUGCCGUUAUGGAAAGAUUACUUCACUUUCGAGCCAGAGCGAGUCCAGCGUUCAUGCUGUUAAUGUACAAUGAGAAAGGAAUGGCGUGGGAUCCUUUGAACACAGCCAUGGAUUUGUUCGGAGAAUUACAAAUGCUGGCAAAGAGGGAGAGAGAAGUCGAUGAAGCUUAUUUACAAAUGGCCGAACAAUGCGAAACAUUUGCUUUGCAACUUUUGCAGGAAGUCAGAUCUGCCAGUGAAUUAGCUGAUCUCAUGAGAUACGAUCUUGACGCCGAUCCAGAUGAAGACGAUGAUCCUGGCGAAACGGAUCGUGUUAUAAUAAGAAAACGGGAAAAAAUGAGAAAUUACCUCAAGCCCAUUGAAAAGGCAAUCAAGUAUAAAAUGAAAGACUUUGUGACGUCAGAUAAUUCACAAUUAGCUCUUAUUUAUAUUCAAAAAGGAAGUUUAUUUCGAAAACUCAAAGGUUACAAAGCAUUUCUCGCACAGGUUCUGCUCGGCUUAUUGUUUCCUUUUCUCUCCAUUGGAUUUCUCGUCGCUCCGGACACAAAAUUUGGUCGUUUGAUGCGAAAUCCAACUGUAAAAUUUGCGUGUUCUGUGGUCUCAGAAGUUGUCUUCGUAAUAAUGUUACUUGCCAAUACGAUAUUGACGCAAAUACGAACGUCUCAGCAACGUGACGAGAUACCUCCGUUAUUAAUUAUAGCAUAUGCAUGGAUUAUAGGAAAAUUAGUUCAAGAGUUGCGAGAGAUGAUCCACCAGGGUCUUCGAGAAUAUCUCUCAGAUGUUUGGAAUUGGAAUGAUAUGUUUACUAUAUUAUUAUUCACUGGUUAUAUGGUGCUACGCCUUUUGAACAAAGUCAUGCAAGAUCAAGCCGGUGUAGGUAAUCAUUUCUACUGGGUUCCAGUCGUGCUCGACCCAGUCCCGCUAUCAGAUGUAUGUAUAUCAAUUGCCUACAUUCUCAUACAUCUCAGAAUUUUAGAAUUAUUGAGGGCUGACAGAAGAUUCGGACCACUGCAGGUAUCUCUGGAUUUGAUGACGAGAGAUGCGAUUCGAUUUCUUGUGAUUUUCUUCAUUAUUUAUCUUGCAUUCGGAAGUGGAAUUACAGAGCUAUACGCUCCGUUUGGAGAGUCGAAGGGUUGUUACUGUGACAUGAAAAAGUGUAAUCCUAAAACGAUGACAACAAUUGCAACCCUGACCUCAGAUAAUUCGUCAACGACAUCAACUAUAGCAACAGGACAAAUGCCCGAGGAAUGUAUACCAUGCAAAGUCCAUGGCGAUAAGGACUCUCAUGCGCUCACAGUAUCCCUCUGGGAAACUUUAAUGCAACUGUUUUGGACACUGUUUGGUUAUGGCAAUCCUACUGUGUGGACGGACAUUAACGAUGCUUGCAAAAGACACCAAAGUGCAGAAGUGGUGGGAACAAUUAUCAUAUGUAUGUAUCACAUUAUUGCCAUCAUAGUAUUGGUGAAUAUGUUGAUCGCUAUGAUGAGCAACAGCUUCCAGAAAACUCACGACGAUGCGGAGAGAGAAUGGAAGUUUCAUCGGACGCAACUUUGGUUAAAAUUCAUUCGAAAUGAAAUCAAUCGGCCUCCACCCAUGAAUUUAAUUCCACGACCAAAACAAAUACGACAAUUGGCAAAUAAAUUGAUGAAAAAGUUCCAAUCUUGUGGACGAGGGGAAGACACAAAUACUAUCGAAGAAGAUGGAAGAUUACAGAAUCAAAUACGAAUGCAACGUCGUCGCACCGGAUUUGACUCCAAUCAAGGCCGGUGCUUGGCUGGUUCGUGGAAUGAAGGAGAAACUCGAUAUUCUAAAGUUCUUAGACUCGUUGUUAUCCGGUAUCUGAAAAAGAAAGUACUUAACAGCGAAAUGGUUAUAUGAUAUUUAUUGUGAGGUUAUUAUUGUGCGCAAAUGUUCGCACAAAAAUUGAAAAACGUCUUGAGAAUGUGAUUAAUGUGAAAAUGAGAAAAAAUUGUUUUAUGAUAAUUUAGCGAUGUCAUGUUCCAAUCAGCACACUGUAUGUGCAUUUUUCGUCUGUAUAUGGGCUACUUAAUGAUAAACUAGCCCGUAAACGCGGUUGAAAAAAAGCGUAGUCGUGUUCUCCAGAACAAAUAAACUUCUUUCAUUUUUCUUUGAAAUAAAUCUGAGACCUUGGGAAAGGAUGGUUAGGAAGGACUGUUUAUAUGCCCUUCGCUAUAAUGACGUCACGAGGUUUCAUGAAUGAUAAGAAGAAAGUCAAAUUGUGUAAACGAAUAUGACGUCACCAAUGACGUCACAAAUUCGAAGUGUUAUUAUACAAAGUUAGGUAUCCAAUAAAUAUUGUUGUAAGUUUAAAAUACAUAUUUUCCGUGACAUCAACUUUUUAUAAAUUUUAUCUAGUUUUGAUUGAUUGAUUAUGUCUUUAAAAUGAAAACCAUUUUUAAAAUUUCAAACAUUUUUAAAUGACACAUUUUAUUUCAAAUAACAUGAGGAACUGAAAUUAUUUGUAAUGACAUCACAGUCUAAAUAAUUGAAUUUGAUGGCACUAACUAUUGUUUCACAGACUAAAAUCUUUGACUGGCGUAAUAAAUUGAGUAUUAUGAUAAAAUUUUGAAUGACAUUUUUAUGAAGUUUAAAAUGACCUCACAAACGCAAGAUUUUGAAUGAAGUCAGAAACUCCAACAUUUUGGACGAGUUUACAAAAUUAAGCAGUUUUUAAAAAAAAUCGGAAUAACGUCAAGAACUAUGGAUUUUUGACAUUUUGCUAAAAACCGAAGUUUUUGAAUUGGACUUCCAGAGACUUAGCCCAGCAAAUAGAAAAUGAACGUCUAAUUUUUAAUUUCUGUAGAAAUAAACUUCUGUGUGAGAUAUACUAAAGGUGCUGAUGAGAUAUGCUGUAAUCAUUUUUGUACGAUUUCCACAUUAUCGAGGUCAUAGUAUUUCAUGUUGGUUUGUUAUGGAAAAUAUAUAUGGUCUGUUACAAAUAUAUAUAAUGGAUGCUUAAAAUAUAUAUUUUUUGGGGGGUUUCCUUUUUUCUGAGAUUAUUUUUUUUAGGAUCAUGAUCAAAGUAUUUUAACAUUUUAUAGCUAUAUCAAUCAGUCCGUAGCUGGACAUUAUUAGUAUUACAUAAAAUAUUGCCUUAAGCCACAAAAUGUUGCCUAUUAUUCAAAGUAUUGCCGUGUGACGUCAAAAACGUCUUGAAAACGUCUUUCAUCAUUCUUUAGAGCAGUGGUUCUCAAACUUUCUGAGCCACGCCCCUUUUUAGAAUUUGUCGAGUCUCGUGCCCCCACCUCAAAAAUACCUAGCUAAAAAUAAGCUACAAAUAACAGAUAGCAAGGCGAA